CUAACAUUAAAUCCCAGUGAGUAGAAAUUAAUAUUAAAGGAGAAGAUAUUUAGGCUUGAUACAUAUUUUGUUAUUUCAGGUAAAAAUACAGCUAAGUGCAGUGUCUUAGUUCACACUACCAUUAUAACAAAUAUACGCUGGGUGGCUGUGGCAGCAAAUAUUUAUUUCUCACAGUUCUGGAGGCUGGAAGUCUAAGAUCAAAGUGCUGGUGGAUCCGAUGUCUGAUGAGAGCCCACUUUCCAAUUUGCAGACUAAUGCCUCUUCGCUGUGUCCUCACGUGGCAGAAAGCAAAGAGAGAGGAAGCAAGCUCUCUCAUCUCUUCUGAGAAGGGCACCAGUGCCAUCCUGAGGACUCCACCCUCAUGACCUACUCACCUCUCAAAGGCCCCGUCUCCAAAUGCCAUCACAAGUCCCACCUGCCGCAUAAACUUCCUCUGCCAGAGACUUAAUCGGAACCAGAGCUGCGACCUAGGCGGCAACGCAGCAACGGGAGAGCCUUGAACCCACAGUACCAUAGCAGCAACUCCUUCUGCAACACCUUCAAAGUCCUUGGUCGAACUAACUGGCUUUAUAAAAUAUUGAGCUUUACUUCACAGAAAAGUCCCUUUGGUUUCCCUUCCCUUUGCCUCAAAGCCACUGAUAAUCGCAGGGGGGGUGUCUAGCAGCUUCAACCACUUGAAAAUGAAUUCCGGGACUCCAAAAGGUCAUGUGCUCAGGAAACCUCAGAGCCGAGGGGUGGGGCCAGAAGGCGGGACUAUCCGGCCCAGGCCUGGCCUGCGGAAGCGGAACUAGGUUACGUCAUUUCCGUCUGCGGCGUUACAGAAAGCGCAAGCGGAGACCAGGCCAGCUGCGAUUGAACAUCACUGUAUUCCAGCACUUUAAAAGUCUGAUUAAUAUAAGACGACAAGGGGAGCCACGCCAGAUAGUGAGGUACAUUAAUCCGAAAGAGGCAGAACUUCUAGACGCUGCUGCUGGCAUUAAUGUACGAUUCAGAUUAGGUGGUGUUAAAUUUCCACCUGAAAUAUACUAUAAAAUUUUCACCCACAGACAUAUUGAAGAUCUGUGUGCUAAUAGUCCUAGAGAUUACACAAAACUUCCAGCAAAACAUACAUCUCAUAUUAAAAAUGAUAAUCUUCAGGAAGAGGAUUGUAGUGGCUGGUAUCGUCGUAUAGAGAACAAUGGCUGGAGGCCUGUUUCUGAUAGAUUUUGGAUGUCUACUGAAAAUGUAAUGGUGGGAGACAAAAAAGAAUGUGAAUUCCAUUUCUCUAAACUCAAGAGAAGGCAAGAUAUGGAAAAGAAAAGAAAAAUUAGAAAAAUAGAAUGGAUGAGGCAAAUGUACUACGCAGGAAGCCUGGAGGCUAGGUCAACAAAUCAUGAAACUCUGGGUUUAAUUCACACAGCAACGAAAGGGCUAAUAAGAGCUAUUGAAGAUGGUGGAAUAGAUUCUGUGAUGGAAUGGGAAGUGGAUGAAGUGCUGAACUGGACAAACACACUCAACUUUGAUGAGUACAUUGCCAACUGGAAGGAAAUUGCUACAAGCAACUCUUCAGCCAACUUCAAAAGUUUCAGGUUUGAGCAAGCACAGGGGGAAAUAGAUGACUCUGAAGAUACAGUGGAAGAAGAAACAGAAACACCAGAAGAUACUUCAUUGCAAAAUAUUUACGAAGGACCAACUUUUACUAGACUAACGCCUGAUUCCACUUAUGGAAUAUAAUUAUAAAGUACUUCUUUUCUGAGGUAUUACUCUUCAAGCCGGGAUUCCAUCAAUUAUAGUCAAGAGAUAGUUUACUCUGACUGGAAUGUCUUGUAUGUUCUUCGCACAGCAUCUAGCCCAAUUAAGUAAGAAGGAUUAAACAGAAAUGGAACAUCAGACUGAAUACAGUAGUCAUGGAAAAAUAUAGAAAUUAUUCCUGGUAUUCUGAGAAACUGAAAUAUUCUUAACAGUCACACUUGAAGAUAUACUUAGGUGCAAGAACUCCCUCAAUCUGAUUGUUUUUCUUCUUUAUUUGUGCAUUUCUGUCAGGCAGAGUUCUUUUUCCAUUAAAAAAAAGGAAAAGGGCAGUGUAUAUAGUAAGCAUUCAUUUUUUUAGACAGCAAAAGCCUUACCAGAAGCCCCAGUGCUAGUCAGCUUAGGCAUCCUUGAACAAAAUUGGGUCACAGGGGCACCAUUAGCUAAAGAAGCCAGAGAGGCCAAAAUCUGUCUUUCAGCUUCCACAGUGGGAAAAAUAAAAAACUGAAGAUGA